AUGUGUGGAUUUCAUGGUGCAAAACCUACAAAAGGCAUUCUCCAUCUCAUUAAAAACCAUAAUCUAGGUGCCAUCAUUCUAUUCUCUCGUAAUAUUGAGUCACCACAAGGCACACAACAAUUAAUACACGACUUGCAGACUGCCGCUAAAGAUGCUGGUCAUGAACGCCCAUUGUUUAUUGCAGUAGACCAAGAGAAUGGCGUUGUACGUCGUUUAGGUACAAGUGGUACAUAUUUACCAGGUAGCAUGGCUUUGGGUGCCUUGGAUUCUACCAGUGCUGCUUAUGAAGUAGCCACUGCUACUUCCAAAGAAUUACUAACACUAGGCAUUAAUUGGAAUCUGGCUCCCGUUAUGGACGUGAACAACAAUCCACUUAAUCCUGUUAUAGGAGUUCGUUCUUUUGGUCAGGAUCCUACCUCUGUAGGCCGUCUGGGUAUUGCGCAAGUAAAGGGUUACCAAAAACAUGGUGUAAUUACCAGUAUAAAACACUUCCCUGGUCACGGCGACACAGCCACUGACUCUCAUCUGAGUAUCCCCAUUAUUGAUAAAGACAUGAAUGACUUAGAAAAAACUGAAUUGGUCCCAUUUCGCAAUUCUAUGGAAGUACAAGGCGAUGGUUAUCCCACCUCUGUUAUGAUGGCUCAUAUUUCUCUCCCGAAGUUGAUCAAAGAUGCAAAUAAACCGGCCAGUAUUUCUUCUGAAAUUGUCACCGAUUUGCUGCGUAAAAAGCUUAAUUAUAAAGGUGUGAUCAUUACUGAUUGUGUGGAGAUGGAUGCUAUUAAGGAUUCAGUUGGUUGCGCUCGUGGAGUUAUUAUGGCUUUACAAGCUGGUAAUGAUAUGAGUAUGAUUUCUCAUACAUUUGAAUUUCAACAAGAAACCUUUGAUCUACUCGCUAAAGAGAUUGAUAACUUUGACCAAGAAGAAUUAGAUGCAUCUCUACGUCGAGUGGCUAUGCUAAAAGAUCGUUUCUUAUCAUGGGAAGAAGCUCUUGACAAGAAAGACUUGAGUAUGAUUGGAUGUAAAGAUCAUAUAGAAUUGAGUGACAGACUUUAUGAUAAGGUGCCUACCAUUGUUCGCGACCGACAAGCUAUUCUACCUAUCCGACCAAAACCAAACGAAAAGAUUUUAUUUUUAGCAGCACAUGUACCACUGACACUGGCCAUUGACUCUGAGUCAGAGCCGUUUAAUUCAAUGUACGACUCAUUACGCCUUCGGCAUGGUAAUACAGAGUACGUUAUUUAUAAAGAGGAUUCACAAGAUUUAUCAGCUUGCAUAAGCCAAGCAGAUUAUGUGAUUAUGGGAACUGCCAACGGUAAUCUCUACCCGUUCCAGUCUAAACUUGUCAAUAUCGCCCAGUCUAUUGCCAAGAAAUUAAUUGUCGUGGCAGUGAUUAACCCUUAUGAUUUAAUGUCCUUUCCCGGCGUCGAUACUUAUGUGGUAACUUUUGAGUAUACACCGCCUGCCCACGAAUCAUUUGUUCGUAUAUUGUUUGGAGAAACCAACAAGAGUAUGAACAAAAUGCCUGUCACUAUACCAAACUCACCAAGCCAACCUGAUGAGUGUAUUUAUACCAUUCAAGAUUUCACAUUUGAUCAAAUCAGUAAUGUAUAUCAACUUUGGAACGCUAUUUUUAGCAACACUUGGCCACUUUCGUUGGAAAAGUUCUCCUUGAUACUGAAGAGAAUGCAACAUGGCCGACAUUUUUGUGUUUGGGAUGGAGAAAAGGUUAUUGGAUUUGCAGCGACCCAAACCAUCAGUUUGAAUAAUUCGGGACAGUUGGCCUUACUGAUGGUUGAUUCAGCCUAUCAAAACAAAGGUAUUGGUACAAAAUUAAACGAUCAUUGCCUGGAUUUAUUUAUAAAAAAUGGAUCCAAUAUCAUGCUGGGCGCUACUUAUCCACGUUUUUUUUGUGGAAUACCUAAUGAAGAAACGCAAGGAUUUUUUAAGCGGAGAGGAUAUUCGAUUGGGGAUACAGAUAUUUGGGAUUUAAUGGGAAAUCUUGAAGGUUAUCAGAUUCCAGACGCAUUACAACUACGUAUGGAAAAUGAGAAGAUUUGGUUUGGAACAAUCAAAGAAGAAGAUGCAGACGAAUUAUUCAAGUUUCAAGAAAAAUAUUUUGGUUUCUGGUUAUCUACAUAUAAACAUCAUGCUGAAUUAGGUGAUUACCAUGAUUUAUUGGUGGCACGAGAAGAAAAUGAAGGAGGAAAAAUCAUUGCGAGUUUAAUCAUGUAUACAACAAGUGGUUCACAUGCUAACAGAAGUGAUCUCAUUUGGAAUCAUGCCAGCUUGUUUGACCAGGACAGUGGGGGUAUGGCUUGUGUAGGUGUUGCAACAGAAGCACGCGGUCGAGGUAUUGGUAUAGGAAUUGUUGCGUAUGCCAACAAGUUAUUAUCAGAACGCGGAGUGAAAAAGUCUUACGUUGACUGGGUCGAAUUAAUUGAUUUUUACAGUCGUACGGGCUACCAAAGAUGGAGGAAGUAUAGGCUUGCAGCAAUGAAAUAA